GCCAACUCAUCUUACAACAGAGGACACAUACCGACAACAGAUAUUUCUCGUGUCAUGGACGUUCAAAGUAUUUGUCUAUCUGAAAUACUUUGAGCAACUCGCGUGAGUGACUGCUUACCUAAUUCGGCGUCGGAGCUUGGCAGUUGCGCAGGUGGUUGCUGCUGCUCUCUCUGCUGACUCUCUUUCUCUUUUAUCUCCUACCUUGACAUCACCUCCAUCAUCCAUCACUCUUGUUCGCAUCUCACGCUCCCUCCCACCUUUUGUUGUCUCUGAUCUAUCUAUUCUGUUUUGUUCAUAAUCUCGAUAACCUCUCAGCAGUUGUACUACUGGGUGAUUACGUGCUUCAGCCCUUUCCCCGAACGACUGAUCGCCCGACUCUCGAGCUAUCACAAGCUGCAAAAGAUGCCAGUUGAACGACGCUCUCUGAGGUCUAACAGCAAGGGUGAUACCUCAUCAUCAACCAACGGCGAAAAAGCUCGUUCUAAUUCGAAUACCGCCUCGAGCAAAGAUAAAGCUGCCCCGACAACCCGCUCAGCGGCAAAUAAGGCCAAAUCAGCUCCGGCUAAGAAACCCGUCACAGGCAAGGGCGCUAGCAGCUCGAACACCAGCAAUAACAACAUGAGUGGCGACCAGCCGCAGCGAAAUGGCACAGAUCCUGUAGAGAAUGGUGAAGACGUGGAGAUGGAAGAGGAUACGGCAGGUGGGCCUACACCGUCCAUCCCAACCAGCAGGGAACAUGAUGGUGACCAGAUGACUGUUGUAGUGCCCCCAGCAAAGGGUGCCAGACUAUCUGGCCAGGACAAUAAGAAAGACAAAGAGGAUGACGUCGCUAUGGAAGACUCUGACGACAAGGACGCUCAGUCUGACGAACCCGAGAUUGAUCCUCGAGUGAAAGCUGUCCAAGAUAUUCAAAAUAAUUUCGGUCUUUUGGAGCGUGCUGUGACGCACUUUGACUCCCGAUUCACCCUCCGAGUCCUACGAUCAAUAUCCUCCAUGCGCAAACAUAUCACACCCGACGUUCUCGCCGAAGUUAUUGUUGAUACUUACUCUAGCUCGAGCCAGACGGCAGCAUUCCUAUUAGAAGCCAUUGGCAAGCCCGAUGCUUUUGAUGUUGCCUCGUCGAAGAUGGAUGUAGACUCCGAUAAGCCCAAGAGUCGUGAAAUCUUGCCAGAAGUUGACACCUAUCUGUCGAUACUUGUUCAGAUUUAUCUUUACGACCAGAAAGAGACACAGCGCGGUGCAGAUUUCUCCAGCAAAUUAGUUGAACGACUGCGGCAACUCAACCGUCGUACUCUUGACUCUUUGACUGCUCGCGUGUACUUUUACUUCUCUCUGUUCUAUGAGCAGUUGGCUCCCCUCCCUCCUUCCCCUGCUGCAGCAGUCAUUUCGAUACGCAAGCCUUUGCUCGCCGCGCUUCGCACUGCUGUCCUUCGUAAGGAUGUCGAUAUUCAGGCUACCGUUAUUACGCUUUUGUUGCGCAACUACUUGUCCACCUCACACAUCACACAGGCUGACCUUCUGAUUGCCCACAACGAGUUCCCAGCCGCAGCGUCCAACAAUCAGAUUGCGCGAUAUCUCUACUACCUCGGUCGCAUCCGUGCUAUACAAUUGCGAUACAGUGAAGCGCACGAACACUUAACCGGAGCGACUCGUAAGUCACCGACGAGCCACAGCGCUGGUGGAUUCUACCAGGUGUCAAUGAAACUUCUCGUUAUCGUGGAUCUGCUCAUGGGCGAUAUUCCCGACCGAUCCGUCUUCCGUCAGCCGGCUUUGGAAAAAGCUCUGCACCCAUAUUUCCUCCUUGUCCGUGCUGUCAGCGCAGGUGAUCUCGAUGGAUUCUUGAAUAUCGUCAACACUCACUGCAUCACCUUCCGGAAAGAUGGAACAUAUACUCUGAUUUUGCGACUACGACAGAACGUUAUUAAGACUGGCAUUCGAGUCAUGUCAAUUGCAUAUUCACGGAUAUCUUUGCGCGAUAUUUGCCUUCGUCUUGGCUUACAUAGCGAGGAGUCGGCUGAGUAUAUUGUCGCCAAAGCUAUUCGAGAUGGUGUUAUUGAUGCCACUUUGGAUCACGAGCAGGGUUAUAUGAAGAGCAAGGAUGCCGGUGAUAUUUACCUGACAAGCGAGCCGGGUGAGGCAUUCCACGCUCGUAUCCAGGCUUGCUUAAGUCUCCACGAUGAGAGUGUUAAGGCCAUGCGCUUCCCCAUGAACCAACACCGUCUGGAACUGAAGAACGCACAAGAAGCGAGAGAGCGUGAGCGAGAACUCGUCAAGGAAAUCCAAGACGGUGACAUGGACGACGACGAUGCUGGCGGUGACUUUGAUAGCAUUUAAGCGGAAAGAAAGUAUGAAUAGAGCCAGUAUAAGCGAUGCAUCCCAUUCCUCAACAACAAUCAUGUAUACUGCAAGGACUUUUUUCACUCACGUGUUUUUCUACUUUUUAUCUGCGUCAGGGUUUCAGAACACUUCGGGGCCAUUGGGGAUCGUCCUUCGCUCUCUACACUACAUCUACUUCCCCUUUUUCUUUUCUAUGUGCGUGUGUGAAGGGGAGACAGGGUCAUGUAUGUACAGUCCGUUCAGCUCGGUCUGCUCUAUUUUGCCGAUUUCCUUUUCUUGUUUCUCUUGUUUCUUUUGUAUCCAGCUUUAUAAGCUAGACAAGACUUGCCAAUCAAUUACGAUGAUUUUUUUAUUUU